AGAGAGAGAGAGAGAGAGCGCUAAGUGAAAGAACAGAAAGGGAGAUGACAGUUUUGAACACCAAUAGCUUGCUUUUGGCUGUCUUUGCCAUCCUUGGGAUUCUGAUGUCCAAUAACAACGGCAACAUGGUUGCUGUCCAAGCUUGCAUAGGUGAUCUGCAGGCGUUGAGAACUUACUGUGCUAAUUUCCUUGAAAAGAAUAUGGCAAAGUCGAACCCGUCUCCAAUGUGCUGCAGUGUUUUCAUGACUUUGAACGUUAUAUGCACGUGCAACCAUAUCACCAAGGAAGUCGAGCAGGUGAUUGACAUGGAGAAAUUUUUCUAUGCAGCAAAGUACUGUGGCAUGCCACUCCUCGCGGGGACCCAGUGUGGAAGUUUCUCAGUUCCCCCAUGAAGCUGGAUGAUCAUGAAGACCAUCAUGUAGUGUCUGCAAAUCAUCUAUAACUUAACUUAUGUGUUGUUAUGCAAGCUGCAUGCAGAAGUAGAUCAAUAAACAUCCAUCCAGUUCUAUGCAUGGAAUUUGAAUUUUGCUA